AUGAGCGACAUGAUCAAAACGAUCGGUAUCCUUGAUCAUGGACCUGGGCAACUCCAUUCGGAAAAGAGCCAUACUUGCGACCGAUGUUUGGCAGCAUGGUCAAAAGUACCGUUCGACGAGAAAAGUGCGGAUAUUUGCGAAAUUGGAGAGAAAGCAGAAGAGCUUUUGUCGUCGGCUUGUCAGGUGUGCCAAAUGCUUGGGAUGGAGAUGUUGGCCCACCAAAAUCAAACGCAUAGCUUGGAGGGGCCUUUUCUAUUGCGUUGGCAACGUGAGAAUCAGGACUUUGGCGCGGCUGUCCUUCAAGAUUCAAAUGGUAUCAUAAGAGGGAAAAGUAGGCAACCUAGAACCAUACAUAUUCGGUAUUCUGAGUUUUCAGAGUCUUUAGAAGCUGAUGGUCUGGAAGAACACGAAACCCCCGAGGGAUUACACGUUGAUUUUGGUACAAUUAGAAGCUGGCUCGACAAAUGCGAUUCGCAUCAUCAGUGUAAAUCUGAUAUAGACGAAGAACCGCAGAAUCUAAAAGUCAUCGACUGCGUAGAAAGAGUUGUCGUUUCAGCACCUCUAGACUGCCAAUAUGUGGCUUUGUCGUAUGUGUGGGGUGGCUUGGUCGUCGAGACAGACUUGAAAUCCGGACUUCUGCCUACCAUGUUGCCUCGUACUAUAGAGGAUAGUAUCAAAGCUACCCUACUUAUAGGGUAUCGGUAUCUUUGGGUUGACGCUUUCUGUAUAAAGCAAGAUGAUGCAGAGGACAAGCAUCGUCAAAUUCAACAGAUGGACUUGAUAUACACCUCAGCGGUGCUCACUCUGGUUGCUGCAGCAGGCAGUAACCCCUCCUAUGGCUUACCGGGCGUAAGUAAUGCGCGAAGGCUAAGCUAUAGAGCUUGGACUUGUAUUGGAGAUGUGCGGGUUACAUUUAGCCCCGACGAAGUCUACCGUGCUGUUGCCGAUUCCGUGUGGUUCACACGGGGGUGGACAUUUCAGGAAGGCUACGUUCCGCGAAGAAGACUAUACUUUACCGAGAGCGGGGUCUUGUUCAUUUGCAACGAAGCAGAAGAACAAGAAGACUUUCAUCGUUCUCGUGAUCGUUGGGGUGCCAGAUUACUCGAUGGUACCUUGGGAACACGUCCCUUCGGAGUUAGGGACGAGUUGCCCGGGCUCCACGAAACCCUAGGAUUGCUGGAGCAGUACAUGGAACGUCAACUCAGCUACGAAAAUGACGCCUUGGACGCGAUGCUGGGCGUCCUGAACUACCAUCAUGCAAGAAACCUGUCUAUUGGAACCAUAUGCGGUCUACCGUACCAAACAUCGAUGGUCGGCCCGAAUACCAUAUGCUUAAGUUGGAGACACGACAAACCUGCUACCAGGCGACGAGGAUAUCCUAGUUGGUCACCACUUGGUUGGAUUGGAUCUAUUCAGUUCUUCAGCCCAGAUCAUCAAUUCUUUCCAUCGAAGAAGGACGCUGACAUCAUAUCUCACCACUUUCGAGAUGGCUGUGCGGCGUGGAACAAUCUCAAGACCUCAAAGUACUUACAAGUCGCCGUCAAUGUUCAUAAUCUUCCUAUAGUAAACUUAGUACGGUCGGAUUCGGAAACUUUCGAAGGUUUGCUUUCAGACCACCCGAGAACAGUGCUGGUGGUUCCUGCUGGCACUGGCGAGAGUAAGGUGGAUUACGGAGGCCUCAAUUAUUACAUGGACGUUAAGUGGGAUGCAACCCCACAUGAUCAUUCCGACAGCACUUGUGUCACGUGCGUGGUCUAUCAAAGUCAUGAGCACUUUCAAUGCCUGAUGAUAGUACAAGACUGUGGAACACAUUACGAACGUUUAGGGUUCGCGUCGGUCGGUGGCAUGUUCUACCCGGACCUAAUGAAAGCAGCAGGGUUCAACGAGUUGGCUUCUACUACUAAUGGCCUACCAACCCUGCGCCCUAGGGAGAGUCCGAACUUUUAUCGGGAACACAGCUAUGACUCAAAGGAUCUCGAUUGGCUGCAAGACACAGAGAAAGUAACCAUUACUCUCGGCUGA